CUGGAUUGGGGCAGUAGGCGAGGGGGGCCUGGGAAGGGGCAGCGUGAAGCCUGCUCUUCUCUGAAAGCCCCUUCCCUGGACUGGGUCCUGAAAGGCCUCUGUGUUUGCCUUUCUCUGGGGAGGGGCCUGGAGGAGUGGGGUGAGGGAGGCUGUGGCCUCACCCAGGCCUGGCCACCGGGCUUGGGGAGCUGUCUGGCCCCUCGUCACCUGCCCACCUCCCAACCUGCAGGAGGCCCAAGUUUUCUCCUCUCCCUUCAACCCUCCCGGGGCGUCUUUACACACCACAGACUGCUGCUCACCCCAGCUGACUAUAACAGAGCCAUCUCCAUCCAUCUCUCACUGCCUUCCCGCCUCCUGCCAGACCCCCUCCUACCCAAAGGGGGCCUUUCCAGCCCUGCAGCCCCAGAUCUAAGAUGUCCAGUCUUCUGGAGUAGGUGCUGGCUGUGAUGGUCACCACCUUCCACAAGUACUCUGGCCAAGAGGGUGACAAGUUCAAGCUGAGUAAGGGGGAGAUGAAGAAACUUCUGCACAAGGAGCUGCCCAGCUUUGUGGGGAAGAAGGUGGAUGAGGAGGGCCUGAAGAGGAUGAUGGGUGAUCUGGAUAAGAACAGCGACCAGGAGGUGGACUUCCAGGAGUACGCUCUCUCCCUGGCCCUCGUCACUAUCACGUGCAACGACUUCUUCCAGGGCUCCCCAGCACGGUCCUGAUGUAGAGCUCGUGGUUCCCGUUGUGGGUCUCUUGGGCCCAGGAGGACUCUCUACGUUUUUUAGUUUUAUACUCAGUAAACUUUUUUCCUUGUUGACAAUA